AUGUCGUCCGCCUCGGUGACUCCCGCAGCCUUCCUCCGCGUGGGCGACGCCAUCUUCCUCGUAUCCGUCGACUCCUCCGAGGGCGAGGGCGGCUUCGUGUCGGCGCGUCGCGGCCAGCUCGGGGUCUGCAGCUCGCCGACGCCGCCCGCCUCCUUUUCGCACGAGUCCGUCUUCGUCGUCAAGCCGCAGCAGAACUAUGUCGCGGCGAGGAAGCUCAAGGCCAUGCUCGAGCAAGAGAACAAGACCGCCGAGCAGAUGGCGGCAGACCCGGCGCUGAUGGCCGCGCAGGCCGCGGUGGAGAGGGAGGAGGAGAUGAACCGAGCCUCCUUCUCGCGCAUCGCCGGCCGCGAGGUGCGGUACGGCCAGGUGGUGCAGCUGCACCACGCCGUGACGGACGUCCCCGUUGCCGUCGGGCGGCAGGCCGCCCUCCUCAACCGCGAGGGCCGCCGCGUGGUGGAGAGCGAGGCCGCGGGCGAUGCGGCGUGGUUCCGCGUUAUGCCCCGGCUGAGGAUCCAGUCCGAGGGCGAGCGGGUGCGGCUCGGCGACCCGAUCGUGCUUGAGCACGUGCAGACCUCGCUGCGGCUCCGCGUCGAGCGCGCCGGUCGCAUGCCCGACGGGAGGCGCGAGGUGUCGGCCACGCUCGAGAAGGCGGCGCUGCGCGUGUCGCUUUACCGGCCGCACGGCGGCGCGGGCGAGGAUGCGGACGCGCCGCGGCCGCUCUUUGGCGGGGAGGCGGUGCGGCUCGUGUACGAGGAGGAGGAUGGCUUCCUCGCCGCCAUCGCCUCCGACCUGAUCCUCAAGGACCUCGGCGGCAGGCUGGUGCCCGUCGUGCAGGCGGCGGAGGAGGGCAUGGCGGUGGGAACCAUCCAGCUCUCGCCCGACGAGCCGGCGGCGCAGCGGCGGGGCCUCUUCGAGCUGGUCCCGCUCGACGCGGCGAGCAGCGGGGCCGUCACCGCGGACUCCCUCUUCCGGCUCCGCCACGUCGACAGCGGCCGGUGGAUCCACUUCGCGCGGACCGGCUCGGACGCCGGCGCGCGGGAGAAGCGGCCGAGCCUCUCCGAGAUGUCGGCCAAGGUCACGCGCGCGUCCGUCGCGCGCGAGGAGGUGGAGGCGGCCGGCGCCUACACCAAGCUCCUCGUCGCCGGCGCGCUGAGCGCCACGGUGGCUAGCGUCGACGACAACGUGGUUAGCCUCCAGCGGGUGCCGCUCGAGCACUACUCGGACUGCCUGCGCUCGGGCGAGUGGCUCGCCGCGCUGCGCACGCCGUCGGACCCGAAGGCGCUCGGGCGGGUGGCGGGCGAGCUGAUCCGUUUCGUCACCGUCUCCGACAACCCGGACCCGCUCACGCGCGAGGGGCUGCCGCACGCGGCGCGGCAACUGAUCCUGCGGCAGCGGGGCGUGCUCGACCUCGUGCUCGCCGCGGCAGAGGCGCCGCUCACGGCGGCGGGCGCCGAGGGAGCGGGCUCGGAGCCCUCUGUGCCCUCCAAGGCCCAGCAGGAGCUCAGCCGCUCCGCCUCGUCGAGGGCGACAGGGGCGCUCUCCUCGUCCGUCAAGGAGAUGAAGCGCGCCCUCACGCUCUGCAUGGUGCUCUUCCGGCACCUCCUGCGCGGGCACGACGCGAACAAGGACUACGCGAUGCGCUUCGUGCCUCGGCUGCAGCUGAUGCUCGGGCUGGGCAUCCGCUCGGCCGGCGCGCUCACCGAGGUCUUCCUUGAGAAUGAGUCGGUGCUGAAGCUCGUCACCGACAAGCACGUCGCCAAGUUCAUCUCGCUCAUCCGCGAGGUGGGGCGGCAGGCUCGCUACACAAAGUUCCUCACGGUGCUCUGCCAGUGCGGCGGCCUCCCCAUCCGGGUCAACCAGUGGCGCAUCUGCAAGAUGCUCCUCGAGGCGGGGCGCGUCCUCGUGUCGGGCGACCGGCAGUACUUCCCCGUCCUCGGCCAGGUGGGAGGGUCGAUGGAGCUCGUCGAGUGGCUGGCGCACUGCCCCUGCGACGACACCGUCGGCUAUUUCGAGUCUUGCCUCGGCCUCUUUGCCGCGCUGGCAGAGGGCCGCAACCUGCGCAACGCGCCCGCCCUGUCGGCUCGCCUGCCCUACCCGCUCCUCGAAGCGAUGGCCAAGGACGAGCGGCUGCGCGCCGUGCAGAGGGGCGGCAAGCCGCUCGGCCUCGCCGUCGCCGCGCGGGCCACCGCCAUCCUGCGCUCGCUGUACGUCGACGCCGAGCCGCACCAGUUCAUGGCGCGCGUCAAGCACGUGCGCAUCUGGGAGAAGGUGCCCGAGGCAGCGCAGGCGGGCGCUCUCUCCUCGCGCCUCACUACGAAGGUCGACAUCUCUUGGGACCAGUUCAACCCGCUCAAGGCCUUCAUCGCGCGCCACAUCGGGCGGUACUUCAAGAUGGACGCGGCCGCGUACGGCGAGAACCGGCUCGUGCUCGAGCUGCUCCGGACGCUGCACGCGCUGCUCAAGCUCGGCUUCUACUUCUCUUCGGAGCUCGCGCCGCUCCUCCCCACGCUCCUCGGGCUGCUCGACGGGCGCGACGACACGGUCGGGCCGCAGGACAAGGGCAGCUCGGGGAAGCGGUACAGGCGCAAGGUUACGAUCCAUGUCGACACCGUCGCGAUCAUGGACUGCAAGCUCGAGGUGUGCCGCAUCCUGCAGCUGCUGUGCGACGUCCGGCUCGACCUCCGCCUCUCGCGGCUGCUCGCGCUCUACCACGACGAGUUCGCCGCCGGGCUGUGGGAGCCGUCGGGCGAGCAGCCGCACGAGCAGCCGCGCGACUCGCUCGGGGGGACGCGGGGCAAGCUGCAAGCCAUCGGCGCGACGAUGCGCGCGCUCGUGGUCCGCGACGACGACGGCGCCGGCUCCGGCUACGCCCGUCUGGAGGAGGGGGAGGGCGGCCGCAGCAGCCUGGCCGAGCGGACGAUGGCCGUGAUCGGCGCGCAAGACGCAGCCCGCUCGCGCGAGGCCGCGUUCAAGAAGCUGUUCGAGCUGCUCGGCUUCGGGGCGACCGAGAUGCUCGUCGGCGUGCUGAUGGACCUCACCUUCUACGAGCACCCGCAGCUCGUCUCCGCCGCGCUCGGCCUGCUCGUCCGCCAGUUUGAGCAGCGCCAGAAGCUGCUCUCGACGACGCUGCACUCGCAGCUGCUCGUCAAGCCGCUGAUGGUCAGCACCUACUCCACCUUCGACGAGCUGCUGCGCCGGCUCUCGCAGCUCGCCUCGCGGCGCAAGCUCUACGACGACGAGCUCUUCGAGACGGCCUGCCUGCUCGGCAAGCUCGUCGCCCACUGCUCGGAGGAGUCCAAUUCGGACGGCGCCGAGCUGCGCUCGGCCGGGGGCUUCUCGCGCACGCGCACAGCGCGCUCCCGCGCCGGCACCACGCGCACGGCGUCCUCUCGCACCGACCACACCGAAGGCAAGUACCUCAUCCUCAUCGGGAAGGGCUACACCGCGGUUGGCUCCGACGCUGUCCGGAUCGAGCUGGCCGACCACAGGCCGCCGCGCCCCGGCGAGCGGCUGCAGCUCGAGAAGGAGAUGUACUCGGUCAAGACGGUGAGCCCGCCGACGGACGGCGUGGUCGAGGUGGCGCUCGACCGGCCGCUCAAAGUGGUCGGCGCUCUCGCGCCCGAGCUGCAGAUCGGCGGCUCCGGCGAGGUAUGGGUGAUGCUGCUCUGCCAAUCGGCGGGAUACAACCUCGACAUGCAAGUCCUGCUGCGCACCAUGGGCGCGCACGAGGCGGUGCUCCAGCUGCUCCGGCUGCCCGUCUCGUCGGCGCCGCUGCCGAGCGAGCUGCGCACGCGCGCGGUGCUGCGCGCCGUCUACCGCACCAUCAAGGCUCUCGUGACGGGCUUCCCGCAGAUGCAGUCCGACCUCGUCCCCGCCAUCCCCAGGAUGGUGGAGCACGUCGAGAAGGACCUCGUCGCGUACGACGUCACGCCGACCGGCUGCGUCACCGCCAUCCUGCGCGACAACCGGGCGGCGUGCGCGCGAGUGCCGUUCUCCGCCAUCCACAAGUUUGUGCAGCUGGCCGCCAAGAAGCAGGCGCCGCGCUUCCUCCGAUUCCUCGGCGAGAUCUGCCGGCCGGCAGGCGUGGCCAUCAAGCGCAACUGCCAGCUGGUGGCUCAGGCGCUCGGCUCAAAGGAGGAGGCGCUGCUGCUCUUCAACUCGACGGAGGGGAUGGAGGAGCGCGCGGCACUGAUUGCCGCGCGCGACCUCGAGACCAACCCGCGCGGCAAGCUCGCCUACCACAUCGAGGCGGUCGGGCUGCUCGGCACGCUGGUCACGGGCAUCAACAACCCCAAUAUCGAGCAGAUGGUGCGCGAGACUCUGCCGAUGGACGACGUCGUGGCCAACUUGCUGCUCCCCGACCUGCCGACGCCGCUGGUGGUCAGCUACCUGCGCCUCCUCGACGAGGCCUACCUCGUCACCGCCAAGCCACUCGUCAACGACCUCGCCACGCGCGACUUUAUGGAGCUGCUCUCCGCGCUGCAGGCGCGGAUCGCCGCCUUCGUGAGUCGCAUCGAGGCCGCGGACGACCUCGACGCGCUCGCCCUCGACGCGGACUCGGAGGAAGCGGCGGCCGAGGCGGAGGAGACGGACCUUCUGCUCGGGCACGUCUUCCCCCUGCUCACGCACUUCUUUGCACCGCCGAGAGACGCCAUGGAGGACAGCGACGAGGCGGAGACGCAGGGCGUCGGCGGGCUCUCCGCCUCGGUCCUGCUCCUGCUUGCCGGGUACGAAGACGGGCGCGACGAGCCGUUCCUCGCCGUCUGCCGCGCGCUCGGCGAGACCACCGCCUCCUUCCGCGCGCUGGAGUGCGCCGCCGUCCUCUCCGACCCCGUGCCUGUGGUCGACUGCCUGCGCGCUCUCGCGAGCGGCGGCUUCGCCACCCUCGGCGACGCCGACCUCGGCACCGCGUCCAGCCAAGGAGGCGGGCUCUCGACGAUCGGCGUCACGGUCACUCUGACGGCCGACAAGGAGGAGGCCCACCCGCAGGCGGAGCUGCCGCGCUUCGCGGCGGUUUUCGAGACGGCGGUCGCCGCCGGAUCCGAGUUCAAUGCGCUGGUGCGGAUCUUCUCCGACGGCUUGGACGCGGCUCACGAGCACGAGCUACAGCAGCAGCGCCGCGGCAAGAAGGCCUGUGAUCUGCCCCCUGCGGCCCAUUACGCGCGCAGCCUGCUCGACCAGCUGCUGGCCGCGGCGGCGGCUCCGGCGCAUCCCGUCGACCGCGGCCUGACGGUCGCCUCGCUCAAGGUGCUGGUGCGGCUUCUCGACAUCGGCCGCGUUGGCAGCAGCGCCAACGAGGGCUUCGUCGACGCGGACCACAACAAGGUGAAUGACGCCGACGAGGCUCUUCUCCGGCGGCGGCAGAAGCAGCUCACAGAGCAGGGCGCCGCACGCGUGGCGUUGAUGAUGGGCGCGUGCGCCGACGACGAGUAUUGCCGGCUCGGUUUGCAGCUGGGCAUCGAGCUGCUGCGCGGCGGCAACUCGCUCGUGCAGCAGGAGAUGUACCACGUGCUCAAGGCGGGCGACGCGCGCGCCUUCGAUGGCUCGGGCAGCAGCUGGAUGCCGGCGGUCAAGGCGCGGUUGCGACGGGGCAUCAAGGAGAUCGACGAGCGGAAGAUGUACCUCGCGCUGCAGGCCGAGCGGCGGGCGAUGCUGCCCGAGCUCACGGCCGGCCUGACGGCGGCGGCGGCGCUCGCCGUGACCAACGACGUCGAGGCGCCGUUCCAGACGCAGGCGUUUGUCGCGGAGGCGCUCGAGAUGCUCUCGCUGCUCUGCGAGGGGCACAACGUCCAGAUGCAGGACUACCUGCGCGACCCGCGCGAGGGGCAGGACUCGGCGGUGGAGGCCGUCGACCUGGUGAUCGAGGUGCACGACCUGCUCGUGCAGCUCGAGCCGUCCCUCGACGAGUCUAACGUCGAGCAGGCCAUCCUCUGCAUCGACUGCCUGACCGAGUUUGUGCAGGGCAACACCUCGCUCGGCAACAUGGCCUCCCUCAUCGAGUCCAAGGCCUCCGACGCGAUGGAGCGGCUCGUCUGUCGGCAGCGCUUCGAGGGCGUCCCCGCCGACGCGGUCUCGCGGCUGCGCACCUCCGUCUCGACUUGGUUCCUCGCGAUGCUCGAGGGCGAGGGCACCGUGGCGGAGGAGCGCUUCCUCCGCACGCUCGACCUCGAGCGACUCUCCGCCGUCGCAGCCACGGCGUACAUGGCGGGGAGCACCGCGCCCUCUGCGGCAGCCGGCGACGCCGACGACGACGCCGAGUCGCGCGAACGGGCGAUGGCGGCAGGCUACUCGCUGAGCACCCUGAUCAAGCACCUGCACGACUACGAGGAGCACGCGGCGUUUGUCCCGCGGGCGGGCAGCCAUGGGGGCUCUGUGGUGACGUCGCGCUCGCUCGGGGCCUUUGACGCCGAGGGCGAUGCGGUGACUGCCGCAGCCAAGCGGGCAAUGGCCGGCGCCAUCGGGAGGUGCGAGAUCGUGGGCGCUUCGGGGAAGUUGGAGCGCGUCUACUUCCGCGUGCCCGAGUUUUGCAACUCGCUCACGCGCGAGUCCAAGGACGAGCUGCUCUGGAACGUCGACCGCGAGACGCCCGGCCGUCAGAUCCAGGAGCUCUUCGCGCGCUCGCAGGACCUCGAGUUUGAGAUGAGGCACCAGCACUCGCUCUCGCGGCUUCCGUUCUGGUCUAUUGUGACCGACAACCGCAGCGUGUUCGACUUCCUCGUCCUCCGCCUCGCCUUCAUCCAGAACGCCAUCAUCCUGAUCCGCUUCUCACUCGACCCUCAGCACGCUACGCCUGCCGACGCAGCCGGCGCGGACGAGUCCGACGCCGUGGAGCGAACCCUCAGCGAGUUGGAUCUCGCGGGCCCGGGGCUCAACGCAACCGACGGCGAGGCCGCGCAUCCACCGUCGCCGCUCGCUGCCUACCUGGUCAUCGUCGCGGUCACGCUCUUCGCCGCCGUCGCGCCCGUGCUGCUCGCCUGGCGCGACACCAGCCGCUCCCCACGGGACAAGGCCCGGGUCACGGCAUCUGCCGCGGCCGUCGCCGCCGUCAUCGGCGGUGCAGGCAACUACCUCGUCGAGCACUGGGAAUGGUUCAGCGAGCUGUACGCGUGGGCGCUCACCCUCUCCCCCGUCGAGGCGCUCGAGCUCGUCGAGCGGGCGGGGCUGCAGCUCAUCGAGCGCCUCGGCUCGCCCGAGUGGAUUGAGGCGGAGGGCCAGAUCAACCAUGUGCUCGGCGGGUUGCAGUGCCUCUCCUGCGUCGUCGUCUUCUCCAUCUACGCGGUGCAGAAUGGCCCCAUUCGCGCGCGGCGCGGGCUGAUGGACGCCUCGGGCCUGCCGUACGAGGAGGUGGUGGCGCGGCCAGAGUGGCGACUCUUCUCGCUGGUUAUGGGGCCCGUCUACGCGCUGACGGACCCGAAGCUAGUACUCCUCGCCGCCAUGUUCGGGGCGGCGUACCUCGGCAUCAACCACUCGCCGCUCUGGUUCUCGGUGCACCUGCUCGACAUCGUCAACAAGUCGGCCGACCUGCAAAACGUGCUGCGGGCAGUGACAGAGAACGGGCGCUCGAUUGCCAUGACCGCGCUCUUUGGCGCAAUCAUAAUCUACCUGUUCGCCGUGGUCGGCUUUGCGGUCGAGAGGGACAUCUUUGUGCUCGGCAACUUCCCCGACGAGGACCUGCCCAUGUGCACGAACCUCUUCAACUGCUUCCUGAACGCGCUCAACGAAGGACUGCGCUCGGGCGACAUCGGCUCUUUCAUGGACCCGCCCGUGCCGGGCGACCACCGCGGCUUCGCCUUCCGCUUCGUGUACCAGCUCUCCUUCUGGGCCAUCGUCAUCACCGUCCUGCUCAACGUCAUCUUUGGCAUCAUCAUCGACACCUUUGCCGAGCUGCGCGCAUCGCACCAGGCCACCAAGGCAAACAUGGAGAACAACUGCUUCAUCUGCGGCCUCGACCGCUUCACGCUCGACUCCAAGGGGCCCGGCUUCGAAGAGCACGUCGCCGAGGAUCACAACCUCUGGACGUACAUCUUCCUCAUGUGCUACCUGCGCAGCAAGGACCCGACCAUGCUCAACGGGUGGGAGCAGUACGUCCUCCGCCUCAUGCGCGACGAGGACGCCUCGUUCUUCCCAAGCGCUGUCUGA